AUGAAGCUGCCCUCCCUGAAGCUGUUCAAGCUACCGGUCGGCGAGUCGCGCUCGCCGGCGAGCCCCAAUGCCUCGCCGACGGGCAGGACGCCAAAGACGCCCUUGUCCAACAUGGCGAGGCUUUUCCGGAAAGGCACUCGGGCGGUGAAGCUGGAUUCGGCCCACUUCCAGAAAUGCGACGAUCUGGAAACCACCGAGAAAGGAGUGAUAAGCCGGUUUUGGGUGCUCCUCAUUUGCACGGCCGUGCUCUCCUCCAGCAACAGCUUCCUCAUCGACCGCUUCACCUGGGCUGCGGGAUUAUUGCGGGCGGAGCUGAUUGAGGUGGGCCCCUGGCGAGCCCUGGGCUUCAACGUGGCCUUGGCCUGCCUGGCGCGGGUGGUGGUGAGGCACACCAUGGAGGCUGAGGGCAGCGGCUUCCCCGAGAUGAAGGCGAUGCUCUUCGGCAAAGUGCUCUUCAACUACCUGAGCUGCCGGGUCCUCGUGUGCAAGGCGGUGGCGCUGUCUUUGGGCGUUGCUGCGGGCUUGCCUUUGGGCAAGGAAGGCCCCAACGUCCACAUGGCCGCGUGCAUCGCCCGCGUUGUGAGCCCAUCCUUCUUCGAGAAGCGGGCCACCAGUAGCCACGGCGCCCACGGCGCUGGUGGCAGUGGGCUGACCUCGGCCGUGUCCAAGCUGCUGCUGGCCGCGUGCUCUGUGGGCGUUGGAGCCUCUUUCUCGGCACCAAUCGGCGGAGUCAUCUUCGCGCUGGAGCUGAUGCUGCCGCAGACCUACGAUGCCUUCGCGUACUGGGGCUGCUUCACCGCAGCGGUGGCUGGGGCCAUCACCUACGCAGUGGAGCGCACCGCCGUCACGGGGUCCACCAGUUUGAUGCCGCUGAUGAGCACCAACCUGCAGGAGGGCGAGGGGGUAGACACGGAGUUCCCCAUUUGUCGCCUCUUCGUGGACGUGGUCCUGGGGGUGAUCUGCGGCGUGGCCGGGGGCGUGUGGGUCCGGUCACACGCCUACACGGCGGGGGUGCUGAAGCGCUGGCGGCUGCGAGAGGCGGCGCCCACUGUGGUCGCAGAGAACGAGGAGCCUUUGCUGGGGCAGCAAAGGGUAGGCUGCCUGGGCCGUCUGAAGCGCUGCCUGGUAAAGCUUCUAGGGGGCAGCUGGCGAGAUCUGGCCUUGGUGGCCACGGUGACGACCAUCAACACGCUCUUUGCCGCUGCCUUGCCGCUGAUGGGGAGCAAGCCUCAGCCCCUGCUGAUUUCCACGGCCUUUGACAAGAACCUCAUGUUGAAUGACACCGAGGAGUGGGUCCUUCCCUGGGCCGGAGUGAAUGGGACCAUAUUCCUUUGCUUCCUCAUGAAGUGGACUAUGACCAUCAUUGCGCUAUCAUCAGCCAUCCCUGCUGGUGUGGUGGCUCCCGCUAUGGUCAUCGGCGGGCUUCUGGGCCGGGUCUAUGGUCAUAUCCUGAUACCAGAGUGGGUGGUGGAAGUACUUCUUAGCAAGAAUGGGCAGCCUGCCUCUGAUGAAGCGAAGGGCGCCUUCUUCGCGCGCUGCGCCAUCAUCGGCGCCUCCGCCUUCUGCGCGGCGGUGUGCCGCGCCUUCGCGAUGGCCAUCACCGUCUUCGAGGUCCUGGCGCUGCCCAACUCGGUGCUGCCGCUGUGCAGCUCCACGCUGGCGGCCAUCUUCGUGGCCAACCGCAUCUCGCUGCCCUUCUUCGACGCCAACUUGGCCACCAGGAAUCUGGGCGGAAUCCCCGCGAUCACCUUCUCAGACAAGGCGAUCGAGCCGGUGAUGAAGGUCAUGGAGGUGGCGGACAUGGGCGAAGUUUUGCCUACACGGGUGACGCUGCGGAUCCUGCUGGCACGGAUCAGCCGCACCAAGUUGGAGCUCUUCGCCAUUGUCAAGCCUCUGAAGUGGGACAAGAGCGGCCAGGGCUUGCUGGAGGGCACGAUCACGCGGAAGAACGUGGAGCGCUUGCUCCAGCUGGAGGACCCCAACGCGGAGACGCCGGAAAGAGAGAUCGAUCUGAUGGAUCCCCAGUAUCAAGCACCCCCUGACGGCAGCCUCCCCUUGGUGGAGGGAUCCCCGGUGCGCGUCUCGCCGGACUGCACUGUGAAGGAUGUCUAUUUGCUCAUGAAGGGAAAGACAAAGGAGAGGAAAGAGAAGCGAAAGCAGGAGAAAGUGAAUCAGAAGGUUCAAGAGCAGGAGGUGAGGGAAGAGGAGAUUGUGAAGAAGAAAAAGAAGAAGAAACAUCAGGAGGAGCCGCAGCCAGAGCCGGUUCAGGAGCCAAAGAAGAGAAGAAAGCUCGAAGAAAAGCGACCAGCUGAGGACGUGGUCAAUACUUUAUUGAGAGCGCCCAAGUGGACAAGAGGUUUGUUGCCAAAGAGAGUGUCAGCUGCCUGA